GAUGCUCUCGUGCUUUGUGAACGUUUGUGAUUGUCUGUCUCUUACAUGAUUUCAUCUUCACGAUGCGCACCGGAUAUUAUUAAGAUAGUAUAAACAUAUAAUAUUUACAAAGUCGUUGUUGUACAUAUAUAGUUCGUGAUCAUCUGAGUUAUUUAGGUUAAAUGUUGGUCCGUGAGAAUAAAGUGAUUUGGCAUCUAAACAUCUUUAGUAUGAAGAAUAAACACUGAAGAGUCGAUGAUGAUAAUGAUGUUUGUUAUCUUCUGCUUUCAGGCUUCUUUAUUCUCAGGAAAUGAUUGAUAUUUAAAGCACCAUGCCUCCAGUAACCUCUCAGGAACUUCCUCUAAACAUCUAUGUGGUCAUUUUUGGCACUGGGAUAUUUGUUUUUGUUUUAAGUGUGAUAUUCUGCUGCUUUUUUAUAAGUAAACUGAGACAUCAGGCACAGAAUGAUAGAGACGGUUACAGCAUGGUUGUUUUCAAAGAUGAAACAACGACGUUACAUACAGACGUGUUAACAUGCGCAGUCUGCUUGGAGGACUUCAGGACAAAAGACGAGCUUGGAGUGUUGCCAUGCCAACACGCUUUUCACAAAAGGUGUUUGGUGAAAUGGCUGGAAGUGAGAUGUGCAUGUCCCAUGUGCAAUAAACCCAUCAGUACAGCUCUGGCCCAGACGCACAGCCCAGGAAACCUUCUGGAUGAAUUACUUUAAUCCUUCAGCGAAAAGACUUCAUGCAGGACACUCAAGCAAAAAAACAUAUUCUGCUUAUUUGAAGCACCGCAUCAUUUGUAAUGUUUAUAUGUCAAGUUUAAAAUCAAAAUGUUUACAUACAAUUUUCUGAGGUUUUUUAUAUGUUGUGUUAAAGGGGACAUAUCACAAGACUUUUUUAAGAUGUAAAAUAAAACUUUGGUGUCCCUAGAGUACAUUUGUGAAGUUUUAGUUCAAAAUACCAUAUAAAUAAUUUAUUAUAACAUGUUUAAAAUUGCCACUUUGUAGGUGUGAGCAAAUAUGUGUCCUUUUAAAUGCAAAUUAGCUGAUCUCUGAACAAAAUGGCAGUGUCGUGAUUGGAUAGUGGGCGGUACUAUCCCCUUCUGACAUCACAAGGGGAGCCAAAUUUUAAUGACCUAUUUUUUCACCACACUUAUUCCGUCGAUGACAUUCGCAAACACGACGUGCAAGCCAUCGAGCCUGUGGGUGGAGACGUCACAAGAAACUAUGUUAUGCAUAUGAAAGUUUAACAGUGUGCCAAUGUAUAACAGCACAAAAGGUCAUAGGUUGGAACCCAGGUAACAAAAAAAUGUGUAUAACUUGCACAGUAAGUCAUUUUGGAUACAAGUGCGUGCCAAAUGCAUAUAAGUGCAUAGAUAAUGACUGUUCAAACAUAUUUCCUAGAAAACCCAUACACAUGCUUUAAAGGCGGGGUGCAUGAUUUUUGAAAAACACUUUGAAAAAGGGAGUCAGGCUGACUACCAAAACACCCUUGUAACCAGCAGUAAGGGGCGUGUCUACUAACCGACAUCAUUGCCUAGGUUGUGUGUGGGGCGGGUCUAUCAAAAGAAAUGUCAAAUGUCAACAUUGGCUUUCAGAGAUCAUGCACAAAUAUGCCUAGAAAAUCGCAACUUUUAAUUUUCUGUCAGUCUUAGUACACGACGUAACUACAGAAGAGUCAAGUUUUAAAUAGGAAAAAAAAUAUCGAAACUCUUUGGUUAUUUUUAAGCGUGAUGCUAAUGGUCUAAUCAGAUUCAAUGGAUUAUGCUAAGCUAUGCUAAAAGUGCUAGCGCCAGACCCGGAGAUCAGCUGAAUGGAUUCAAAAACGGUAAGAAUCAAAUGUUUAACUCUAGGGCAGUUGGAAAAUGAGCAUAUUUUCAAAAAAAGUGGAAUGCCGCUUUAAAAGCAACUAACCAGCAGUCUUGGGUACAACAUCAGCUCUCAGCUUAUUUCAGCAAUAAUGAAUGCAAACCUAUGAAUGCAAACUUUUUGGUCAGAUCAGAUGAAAUCUGUUAACCUUAACCCUUUA